AUGACUACCUGGCAGCCAAAUCCCGAGUCCCUCAGCCAGCUUUGCGGCUACCUGAGGGACUCCCUCAGCGGAUACGAUAAAAAUGCUCAGAAGCAAGCAGAAAUGAUGCUUUUGCAGGCGAGAAACUCGCCCGACAUCAACAAUUACCUUGCCUACAUCACUUCCAAUCCCGAGCUUCCCUCCGGCGUUACAAUGAACGCCGAUUCGUGGACCAUGGUCCGAUCCUCUUCCGCCGUCAUGCUCAAGAACAAUGUCCGAUCCAACUAUAAGCAGAUCCCGCCCGAGAGCCUGGCAUUCAUCAAGCUCGCCGUCAUCAACGCUCUCCAAGACAAGCAUGCUUGGAUCCGCAACCACAUAGGAAUCGUCGCAACAGAGCUCAUCAAGAGAGGAGGUCUCUUGGCUUGGCCCGAACUGCUACCCACCCUCAUGGGUAUGUGGUCGAACGAGACGGGUCAGUUCUCCGAUGCUGCGCAAGAGGGCGCCAUGUCGGCCAUGACCAAGAUUUGCGAGGACAACCCAAAGAUGCUUGACCGGGAACUGAACGGCCAACGGCCACUUAGCUUCAUCCUACCCAAGCUCAUUGAGGCAACCAAAAGUCCCCUGGUGAAGGUCCGGACACAAGCACUUAUCGCGAUCAACGUAUUCGUCCCGCGUAAGUCGCAGGCGAUGCUGGACUCUGUCGAUGACCUCCUGCAACACCUCUUCUUCCUCGCCACCGACGACAACACGGAUGUGCGCCGACAAGUCUGCAAGGCGUUUGUGCAACUCGUUGAUGCUCGACCCGACAAGCUGGAGCCCCAUAUCAGCGGACUCGUAGACUAUAUCCUGACGCAACAAAAAAGCGACGAUCCGGACCUCGCCUUGGAGGCAGCUGAGUUCUGGCUUGCCGUUGGCGAACACGAUCACUUAUGGAGGGCGCUAGAUCCUUACAUCCAUAAGAUUAUUCCUACCCUUCUCGAGUGCAUGGCAUACAGUGGCGAGGAAAUUGCCCUUCUUGGAGGCGAGUCGGACGACGAAGACGAGGAGGAUCGCGCGGAGGAUAUCAAGCCAGCCCACGCAAAGAAGUCUCAGGCAAGAAACUACACCAAGACCGGCGCUGGCCAAGGGGAUUCCAACGGGGCCGAGGCAGGGAACGUGCCGUGGAUGGAUCAGGACGACCUUGAGGAAGGAGAAAUUGACGAGUCCGACGAUGACGAGAACCCCGAAGAACGGUGGACCCUUCGCAAGAGCUCCGCCGCGGCACUUGAUGUGUUUGCGCGUGACUUUAAGAACCGCGUCUUUGAGUGCAUAUUGCCGUUCCUAACAAACAACCUGAAACACCCCGACUGGCCCUAUCGCGAGGCUGCUGUUCUUGCUCUCGGCGCUGUAUCCGAGGGUUGCAUGGAUGUCGUCUCCCCCCAUCUUACCGAGCUUGUGCCGUAUCUCAUCACUCUGCUCUCCGACCCUGAGGUAGUAGUGCGACAAAUCACUUGCUGGACAUUGAGUCGGUACUCUUCCUGGGCCGCAAGUCUCCCGGACCCCGCUCAGAAGACCCAGUUCUUUGAGCCCAUGAUUGAUGGCUUGCUCCAGCGCAUGCUAGAUCGGAACAAGAAGGUCCAGGAGGCCGCCGCAUCGGCCAUGGCAAAUCUCCAAGAGACAUCGGGCAAGCAGGUCGAACCUUAUGCUGUCCCUAUCAUCCAACAGUUUGUAAGAUGCUUUGGCAGUUACAAGGAUAAGAACAUGUAUAUCCUUUACGACUGCGUCCAGACUCUUGCCGAGCAGAUUGGACCCGGUUUGGCGAAGCCGGAGCUUGUCAACGAGCUCAUGCCUGCCCUCAACGCCAGAUACCAAAAAGUCCCUGACGAGUCAAGGGAAAUCUUCGCUCUUCUCGAGUGUUUGUCGUACGUUGCCGUGGCUCUUCGCGAUGCCUUCGCCCCCUACGCCGAGCCCAUCUUCCAGCGCUGCGUCAACAUCAUCCACAUGAACCUCGAGCAGAGCAUGGCGGCGACCAGCAACCCGGAGCUAGAUCAGCCGGACAAGGACUACCUCAUAACAAGCCUGGACCUCCUGAGCGCCAUUAUUCAGGCGCUAGACGGAGCUGGCGCUGCGGAGCUCGUGAACAGCACGAAUGGCUCUCUAUUCGAGCUCCUAGCGCUCUGCCUCGAAGAUCUCACGGAUGAGGUCAGGCAAUCCGCAUACGCUCUGCUUGGGGACUGCGCUAGAUACGUCUUCCCCCAGCUCCAACCUUAUUUGCAAUCGGUGAUACCAAUGAUCCUCAAGCAGCUCGACUUUGAGAGCGUGUUAGACGAGGACAUUGACGGCAGUUUCGCCGUCAUUAACAACGCGUGUUGGUCUGCGGGAGAGAUCGCCCUGCACCACAAGAAAGGCAUGGCUCCCUACGUGUCGGAGCUUCUCCAGCGCUUUGUAGAGCUCAUGACGAACCCCCGCGUGCCGAGGAGCCUCGUGGAGAACGCUGGUAUUGCUCUCGGCCGUCUCGGACUCGACAAUGCGGAGCUGCUAGGUCCCUCGCUUCCCACCUUUUCCGAGGAGUUUUUGAAUGCCGUCGAAGACGUAGACCCGAGCGAUGAGAAGUCUACCGCGUUGAAGGGCUUCGCUUUGGUCGUGGGACAGAACCCGCAGGCUAUGGAGAAGACGCUUCUUCAAUUUUUCACCACUAUUGCGAGAUAUGGUGACUCGCUCGGAACACUUGGGAGUCCCCUUAAUAGGGAACUUCAUGAUGUUUUCCAACAGGUCAUUACCACUUAUAAGCAAAUGAUUCCUCAUUUCAACGACUUCCUCGGACAGAUGCAGCCCGAGGACAGGCAAGCAUUGGCUACGAGGUACACGGUCUAA